GUUUAAAUCCUGUUUUGCAGUAAGCUCCAACACUUCCUGCUUGCUGUCCGGCUGUAAAAGGCUGUAAAAAGCGAUGAUUUUGACAGAAAAGGAUUAUUUUAUCGAUUGAUUUGGAUUGAGUUUUAACGCAGGAUGAGCUGGAUUCCUUUCAAAAUCGGACAACCGAAGAAACAAAUUGUUUCAAAAACGGUUGAAAGGGACUUUGAGCGGGAAUAUGAGAAGCUUCAAAAGUUGGAAGAACAGACAAAGAAGCUGCAUAAAGACAUGAAGAAAAGCACAGAGGCUGAUUUAGGAAUGUCUAAAGCAGCGGUGAAGAUCUCAGGGGACUUGUUGAGUAAUCCAUUAUGUGAGCAGGAUCAGGCUUUCCUUGAAUCUAUGACCGCUCUGGAUACAGCCAUGAAGAGAAUGGAUGCGUUCAAUCAAGAGAAGGUCAAUCAGAUUCAGAAGACUGUGAUCGACCCGUUGAAAAAGUAUAGCAGUGUGUUUCCCAGUCUGAACAUGGCGGUGAAGCGCAGAGAACAGGCUCUUCAAGAUUAUAAGAGACUCCAGUCCAAAGUGGAGAAGUAUGAAGAAAAAGAGAAGACAGGUCCCAUCAUGGUCAAACUGCAUCAGGCCAGGGAAGAGCUGAAGCCCAUCAGGGAAGACUUUGAAGGCAAGAACAAGCAGCUAUUGGACGAGAUGCCUAAAUUCUACAACAGCCGCGUCGACUACUUUCAGCCCAGCUUUGAGGCUCUGAUACGAGCUCAGGUGGCCUAUUUUACUGAGAUGCACAAGAUCUUCACCGAAUUGACGGAUCAGAUUGAGCAGGGUGGUCUGACAGAUGAACAGAGAAAACAAGAGAACGAAGCCAAGCUGAAUGAGUUGCGCGCUCUGUCCAUCGUGGCCGAUGACUGAUACAGAAGACAUCCUGUGUUACUCUCACACGCUACGAAGAUGUCCUCGUGUUCAAGUAGAUGUUUAAAGUAUAGUUCACCCCAAAAUGACAAUUCUGUCUUCUUUUACUCACGCUCAUACUGUUUUGAACCUAUACUUAACCUUACUUUCUUCUAGCGACAUGAGUAAAUGAUGACAGAAUGCAUUUUUAUAUGAACAAUGCUUGAAGACAUUACCUGACGUUUUGUCAAGCAUGGUGGAUUUUUUAGUACAUGCAUUUAUUUCUCUUUCAUGUUACGUUUGUUUUUUUUAAACUUGAUUAUAUAGAAGCCCGAUCUUGACACACUGAUGAAGCCAUUAAGAAACUAGCGAUACUGUUACCAUUGUUUUAUGGGAAUCUUCCAUUUAUUUAUUCAGAUGCUAAUAUCCUGAUGAACUUUUUCUUCUUUGCUGGAAUAUUGUCCUACCUGGCGUUGUUCCAGGUAUAAUUCCAGUAAUAAAGCCAUUUUUGCUAAUCAAACUAUCUAAAUGUAUCAUUUCAACUACUCGAUUCAAUUUUAUUACAAUUAAAAACACUAGUCAACUAACGGUUGAUGGCAUUAUCGCUUUCUCGUCCACUGGAGGUCAAAUUCAGAUACACAAUCUACAAAGUUAAAGGGAUAAUUAUCCCAAAACUGAAACUUCAUGAUGUUCCCAAUUACUCGAUCUUCUGUGAAACACAAAACGAGAUGUAAACUUCCAUACUAACUAGUGAAAAGGCCCUUGAAUUAAAAACCCCAAAAGUUUGUUUGCUUAGUCCACAGCAUGAGGGAAUCUUAUCUCAGUCCACACACUAUAUAAGAUAUAUUCUUCUCUAUUCUCUGCUAGUUUUAAAGUGUUCAUCCCUAACCAGUGCAACACUGUAAUCUUGCAGAGACAGUGACCAUUUAUACAAGCAUUUGAAUAUGUCAUAUUGCUUAAUAUGUGAAGGGUUAUGUUACUAUUGUCAGAUCUAACAGAAAUGAACUGUUAUAACUUGAUCAUAUCUUCAUGUUGAGGUAAUUCCUGUGAAAGGAGCACAGGCAUUCAAGUUAGACUCUGGCUCCCUCUACUGACAGAUGCAAACAUGUGCAAGAAUUUCAUUGGGAUGUUUUUAUUUACUCCAUGUAACUUGCCAGUUUUUAUAUAUAUAUAUAUAUAUAUGAGGAUAGACCUUUUUUAAACAAUAGUUCAACAGCCAUAAUACACAAUGCACUGUUUGGAAAUUGAAAAAACUGAUUUUAAAAGUUUCAGGACCAAUUAUCCAAGCCACAAUUCUGACAAUCAAUAUAGAUUCAAAGCAUUUGUUCAACUGGAAAGUCUUAUAUGUAUAAAUGGAACAUUAUUAGAUUGUCUGUGAAAUUAAGAUGUCAUUUAAAUUGGAUUAUAAAAUGUGCCUUCAACUGAUUUUAUGUAGUUCCUGUAAUAACUGAUGCAAUAGACAAAUUAAUAAAAUGUACAACUUGAAUGUUCGACUCUCCUAAAAAAAUUAUAAUUUUGAAACCAUUUCCUGUCUGGACGCAUAGCCUUAUGUUUUUAUUCCUCAAAUUAAAGUUGUUGUUUUCCCCCCUCUCUCUGUUU